ACUGGAUGUUUGGAACCUAAUGUGUUUAGACAUUUUUUAUAACGGUGAAGACUCUUUAUUCCUAUUUGAUUUCCUUAAGUACGUAAUAUUACUAAUAACACUUACUUAGUUCGGCUUCUUAGUGACGUUGUUAAUAUUCACGCUGACUAGAUUGCAGUCUUCCAAACAGCUGAAAUCGCAGACAACUGCCAGUUUAGUAUUCGAAUGUUAAGUUCAGGAAAAUAAGCGAAUGAACUUAUGUGCUGAGUUUUUGUGCGUUAGCUAAAUGAACAUUUCCAGUGUUAAGUUUUCGAAGGUUAUUUAUGCUUAUUUUCAUAACAGUUUGUGUAUACAUGUAACAAAUGUCAUUCCAAGUGCAUUAUUUAGUGAGAUAUUUUAUUCUUUGCAAUACAAGGGCAAUGAACAAUUUAUUAUAUAUCCUGGAGAGGCUGAGAUUUUUAUACGGUCCAUGGAACUUGUAAAAUAUGGAGAUUUUGGUUUAGAAAGAUGGUUUAAUUAUCAUGGGUAUUUAAACAAGCUAAAUAUGCAGGUAAAAACAAAUAGCAAUUUAUUUUAUUUCCAGGCUGUUGCUUCGGCUCGUAUUCGAUCAGAUGAGUUUAUCAAAGAAUUUCUUGUUAAUCAUCAAAAGAUACCUAUUCUAGUUCAUGAUCUAAUUAUGGUUGAACUUUGGAAGCAAAAAGUGUUUAAAAUUAUAUUAAGCGAUAAGGAAGAACCUACAUCUGCGUUUCCAUUGUAUACUAUUAUAUAUCAUGAACUGUUGUUGGCAAAUUUAUUAGAAACUGUAACAUUCCACAAUGAUGCAGUAGAAACCUUUGGAGAUUCAGUUACUGAUUUAGGAGAUUGGUGUCAUCGGUCAUUGUGUUAUCUCGUAACUCAAUCAGCAUCAGAAGAGGAAAAGGCAGUAUAUUUUGAAUUGAAAAAUAAGGUUAGUGAUACCAGUAAUUUGAAGGAUUUAGAUCGUCACUAUAAAGUUAUUGAAUAUGAAAAGGGUAUUAAAGCUAUCACUAUUGUUAGACAUUUGUUUGAAAACUGUUUGAAUUCAGACAGUGGAUUACCUCCCAAUAUUGGACGUCGUUUACUUUACACACAUGAUAUCCCAAUUAUACUUUGUCAAUUACUUGAACAAAAACCAUGGGUAAUAAUUGGUUGUGACAAAUCUAAUACACAACGUCGUCAACAUAUUUGGCACGAGAACGGGUCAUGGAUACCAGAUGACAAAACAUCCUGUGUUAUUCACAAGCCAGAAGCGCAGAUAUGGUUAUGUCUAUUUCAAAUUCUAUUAGCCAACAGUUCUUCCCUAAAAUAUGAUUGUUCAGUUGGCCACAGAAGAACAGCUUUAUUGAAGCUACGUCCACUACUUACCGAAGUAAAACUAGAUGUUCUACCUGUUCUAAUUGACCUAAGACGCUUUUUGGAGCACUUAAGUCUUAAUGAAUCGUAUGGAGGCACAAGUGAUAAAAUUAAUAUGUGCCUUAUAGAAGUAGUGCCAGAAAUUCGUGAGUCAUUGGUUAGCAAAUAUAAGAAUAAAUGGAGGAAACUUGCCACACUAUUCCAAGAACAAACUGAAUCUAAUCGUGGGAAAGAGGCGGCGAAAAAGGCAGCAUUGCAGUGGACUGAGGCAUUUUCUGAAGAACAUCUCAGUCAAUUGUUCUCCUCCUCAUUAGGGAAUUCAGGUGAUGAAAAUCCUCUAUAUCCAACACCAAGAUGUCCAACAUGUGGAGAAAUUGCCUCCAAACGAUGUUCAAGGUGUCGUCAGGAAUGGUACUGUGGUCGAGAAUGUCAAGUAAAGCACUGGUUAAAGCAUAAGGACGCUUGUGACUUAUUAUCAGGAGCAAUAACUUCUGAUAAAAACUCGAAUUAACUUUAUCCUAACAAUUUUUUAAAGACUCUAAUGUAAAUAAUAUUAAAGUUUACUCUGAGGAUUGGUCGCUUGAACAAAAUACAGUUAAAUAAAAACUUCUGAAUUCCACCAUGUG